CACCAGCUCCUCUCCCUCGUUCUUCUUCUCGAGAUCCUCAGCUUCCGACUCCCACAGUGAUCAACAGUGAUCGACUCCCGGUCCCCAAAGUAGCCUGCUGUAGUCAUCGCAAGUAGGAAUCCAUGUCUUCAGAAAAGGCUGCGCCCACCGACAGCGACACCGCGCAGGGGGUGUCUCUAACCACCGACGAAUCACGGCUGUCUCACAGUCCUGACACGCCAGAUAACGAGGUCCAGCUGCAAGCUGACGGCCCCCCUGAUGGUGGCACCGGCGCCUGGCUCGCUGUUCUUGGUGCCUGGUGCUGUUCCUUCAACAGCUUCGGCUGGAUGAACAGCGUGGGCGUUUUUCAAAGCUAUUACGAAUUUGGUCCUCUCAAGGACUACGACAGCAGCACCAUUGCAUGGAUCCCGUCGCUCGAGAUCUUUUUCCUCAUUUUCCUGGGGCCUGCCGCCGGCUUCUUGUUUGACAAGUAUGGCCCGACGCCGCUCAUCCUGGUCGGCACCUUCUUGCAUGUCUUUGGGCUCAUGAUGGCGUCCCUGGCAACCGAGUACUACCAGUUCCUCUUGGCCCAGGGCGUCUGCAGUGCCAUUGGCCUCAGCUUUCUGUACUCGCCCGCGAUUUCGACUAUUGCAACAUGGUUCCAUAAAAAGAGGGGCCUUGCGAUGGGCAUCAUGGUGACCGGCUCGUCUCUCGGCGGCGUCGUCUUCCCCAUCAUGCUCAAUCGCCUGAUUGAGAAUCCCAGCACCGGGUAUCCCUGGGCCAUGCGCAUCUCCGCCUUUGUCGUCCUGGCCUUGCAAAUCGUCGCAAUAUUCACCCUCCGGCCGAGAAAAGCGCCAGCAGCAGCGCCAGCGCCCAAGAAGUCGUCGGCCGUAACCCUGGCCGCUCCCUUCAAGGAGUUCCCUUUCGUCGUCAUGUUGCUGGGAAUGUUCAUCCUAAUGUACGGCAUUUUUAUCCCGGUCAACUUCUUGGCCUUGCAGGCUUUGGAGCAGGCUCACGUGUCCGAAUCCAUGUCGCUCUACUUGGUGGCCAUCUUCAAUGGUGCGAGUCUUUUCGGCCGUCUGGGCUCUGGAUACUGGUCUGAUAUCGCUGGCCGAUGGAACGUGUUCGUCAUCGCUGGUGCCGCCUCGGGCAUCAUCGAGCUGGCCCUCUGGAUCCCCGCCACAUACGAGACCGCCACCAUCGGCUUCGCCGUCGCGUUCGGCUUCCUCUCGGGCGCCUUCGUCAGCCUCCUCGCGGCCCUGCCGGCAACCGUAUCCCCCCUGCCCCAGAUCGGCUACCGGAUCGGCGUCGUCAUGCUCGUCCUCUCGCUCCCCGCCCUCACCAUGGCGCCCAUCGGCGGGCGCAUCCUGACGAGCGCGAGCUCGCUCGACGAGGGCUGGCUGAACGUCAAGAUCUUUGGAGGCGUCAUGUCCCUCGCUGGGUCGGCCGUUGUCUUCUACGCCAGGACUCUCUACUCUAAGAAGUUUUGGGCGGCUUUUUAAAGGACAGUGGAGGUGAUGCACACAAAAUACACGCGCACACAACUCAAGUUCACAGGGGCGUCGUCGAGAAGGCGUGAUAUUGGUCCGAGACCUAUAGUGCUUUUAACAGCAAUGGGGGAUGGAUUAUUGAUGCAGGUGAAGGGCAUCAGGCCUCAGGCAACAUCGGAUAGGAAUGUCUUGUCACAGCAUACUCGAUCGCGCAAAUUGUUUUGUCUCUUACAGACACGAGGCUGUGGUGCCACGACCUUGUUCAAGAACCUCAGAUUCAAGAGAAUACCAAAGAUUGCAAUCAGAUUCUCUUCUUCCUCAUUUCCAGCCAGGGCCUAGGGAGCUGGACAAACCCAGUAUAGUGUGCACCUCCC